CGCAAAUAGUUUACGGUCAUGGCGGACCUGUACGAACCUGACUUUGGAGCUGCUUAUUACAGAUCAAAAGACCCUGUUAAGAAUCUUAAAUUCAAUGUUCAGCUUGACAGAGUCACAUCAUCAAACAUAGUACCAUCAUCUGAACCAGAAGAGCAAAAUGGUGACGCCCAUAGUAUGGCUAAUGAAAUACAGAAAGAUUCAGAACAAGUUGUCAUUGUUUGGCAAGAAAAAAUAUUCAGUCAGAGAGAAAUUGAAACAUACCGGGUAGACAAUAACUUUGAUGGUUUAGAAAGGAAAUACCAUGAAGAAGUCACAGCUAUUUUAUCAAGAGGGACAACACCAAACAACAGAAUAUUUACAUAUGUGGACCAUGAUAAUUUCUCUCAAUCUGAUGAGAAUGUUUUUUACAUGACCAAUUCACCAUCCGAAACGCCAACAGUUUUAGCAGAGAAAAUGGCACAUCUACGACGACGGAGAGUUGGUGGUGGUAAACAAACACGUCAAAGAAAUACAGGAUUUGUACCAAAAGUAAAUAUUGUUGACUCACAGCCAUCUGAAGAUCUACGCAACAGAAAUCACAUCAUGGAGGCCCCAUCACAAGUCAUGUAUAUCAUGGCUGACCUUAGUCCUAGGGAGAGAUCAGCCACCCCAGAUGAGGAAGUUAUUUUAGGUAUUGUUGCCUUGGACUGUAAUGGGGUGCUAUGUAUGAGGCCAGAUUUUAAUAGAGGCAGGAAACCUUAUGUUGUAGAAACAUCAAGCUUCGGAAAAGAGGUGUUUGAAUAUACAAUAGAACAUGCAUCUAAAGUAAUGAACAGACAAGAACAAGACAAAGAAAUGAAAAUGUACAGAGAAGUGUAUAACAGACACAAAGAUUUCUUACAAGCCUGUGUUGGGGAUGAGUUUGAAAUGCCUGCCCCAGAUGUACUCAGAUUAUUAGUGUAUGGAGAAAUAGAGUCUGCCAAAAAUUUUGAGUAUGAUGAUCUCUACUGCCAUUUCUUUGUUGAUCUCCCAAAAUUUUGGACAGCUGAGAAACAUCAACAGUUAUCCUGGGUCACACAGACAUGUUCUACUAAAGUGGAAGGAAGGGAUGAUGUUGCCCACUUCAGUUUUCCAUUUAGUUUUGAACUGUUCUACAAAAACGACUCUGUGAAUGAAGAUGAACAAGAUGAGGUUCCACAUUUCCCACUAAUAAUGUUGGAAGUUCUGUCGUUAGACUCUUUCAAGAGAUUCAGAACAGAAGGUUAUACAUAUGUAGCUGUUCCAAAUGCACCAGGAAGUAAGAAAAUAACAUCCCAUUGUUGGCGACCUAUAGGUAUGUCUGUAGCCUCAGAGUUACGGAGAUAUUUUGUGGGAGGAUCACCAGAAUUAGAAGAUCAGACUUACACAGCUAUACCAUCCACAUUUCAGGGAAGUCAUUUGAGUAAAUAUGGAUUCCGUACAGAAACGACAGGAGAAGUUACAGUCAACCUCAAUGUUAUGAUGCAGGCCAGAGCAUUUAUGGAGAAGAAGUCACAGAAAAGGUCACUAGGAUCAUUGUUAGAUAACUUAGGUGUAAAUGCUGUUCAAGCCAAUAUUGCCUCAGUUUUAGAAGCAUUCAAGAAAGCAAGGCAGAGAAUGAUGCAGGCAAGAGAAAAUGCAGAAAAGGAAUUGACAAAAACGACAGGACGAUCUGUAGAGUCUGCAGCUUAGAAAAUAAACUUGUCUUAUUUUUAUGAAAUAUGUUAAAAAAAUUGCUGGUUAAAGUUGGUAAAAGAAAGUUAUAGAGAAAGACAAACUGAAAAUUUUGACAACAGGAUAAAUACUUCUGAACAUCUUCGAUUUUUAAUAAUCCAAUCUUGAUUGAUUAGGAUUUCCAGUUUUCCUGCUGAAGGUUGUGGUUCUCUUUGGCUUUCUCCACCAAUGAAAACUGGCCUCCACUAAAUAACCUAUUAUGCUAAAAAGUGGUGCUUAACACCAAAAAAUCAAUCAGUCAAUCUGAAAAUUUUUAUUUUGUCGUGAUGUUGGGUUUAUAAUGAAACUUAGUAUAAGACAGUUACAGAUCGAAGUGACAUAAUAUUUUUUAUAUCAACUAAAAUAUUUUAAAUGUAUCUGUCAGGUUUUUCAAUCAUUUUACAACCAGAUCACUUAACAUGAAUUGUAGAUCUUAGAAAACCAAAAAAAUAUACCGUUAUUGUGAUAACUAGAAAAGAAAAGAUAUUACUUAUCUACAAGAUAAGAACAUCACAGACACUGAAGGAAAAGUUCACAUCAGGGGCGGAUUCAGGAGUGGGCAUGGCGGGUCUCCCCCCCCCCCCCCCCCCCCCCCUCCCCAAAAAAAAAUUGCAAAGCAUGGGUUGUCCUCCGCGAAAUAUCUAAAUUGCAUCCAUUCAAGAAGAAUAUUGCGAUAAUUUUACCUCAAAAAAAUUAGUUAGCAUCCCCCCUAACCUACAACCCUGGAUUCCCCCUAAAUCUGCCUCUGGUUUCUGUCUUGAACAUUUAGUGUGAAAACACAAGAGAAAUGUGAAAUAUAAUAUAUUCUUUCAAAAGGAGGUAUGUAAAGUACUUCUGCCCAAUUUGAAGAAUUAUAAAACAUAUUACAUUUAGUAUCUUUCGCCUCUCUUUUUUCUUUUUUCAAAUAUUCAGAGACAAAUUUAAGGGCCUCAUGGAGCUAUAUAUGGUUAGAAGUCCACCUUCUAACAUUGCCUUGUUGAUGGUUAAGAGAUUAGAGUACUUAAUUCAAUUGUUAGUGAAUAAUAUUAUUUUACUCCGUCCAUUAUAUUUUUUGUACAUUUAUAUAUCGUUUGUAUAUUUAUUUUGAUAUAUGGAUAGAAUUAAAAUGUGAUAAAUUAA